GGUAUUUAUAUAAAGUUCACUCUCUGUGAACGUGUUUGAAAAGGCAGAUUUAGUUUGCGUGGGUUUUCCUCCCGCAGUCCAAAAACAUGCAGAUGUGGGGAUUUUUGAGCGUAGGUGUGAGAGUGGACGCUUGUCUGUGUCUGUCUCUGUGUCCCUGUGAUGGACAGGUGAUCUGUCCAGAGUGUGACUCCGCCUCUUCUUCUUCUUGUCACCGUGACAGGUGACCAUGGCAGGUGGGCGGUGCCCUAGCGCCCUCUUCUGGCGGAUGAUGGUCUGCUCUCUCUCUCUCUCUCUCUGUCUCACUCUCUCUCUCUGUCUCUCUCUCUCUGCCUCACUCUCUGUCUCUCUCUCCUCCAUGUUUUUCUUUCACCCCGACCUGUCCAGGCAGGUGCUGCACAUGUUUGGUUCUGGUUCUGUCAUAGAUGACAGUUCACUGGUUACAUGUGUAUGUUUACAGUGUCUCUGUGGGCGUGGACGUGCGUGCACGUGCGUGCAUGUGCACAACAGUUAGUUUUGAAGAUUAAUUUUUUUUUUACUCAGAUGACAACUUCACUCAGGUCGAGCUGGUUUCUGUCCUCGUGCCGCCGCCGGUGCGCGAUUCUGAUUGGCUGCACACACACAGAGAGAGAGAGAGAGAGAGCGCGAGAGAGAGAGAGAGAGAGAGAGAGAGAGAGAGUGUGUGAGAGUGUGUGUGUGUGUGUGUGUGUGUGCGCGCGAGAGAGAUAGAUAGAGAGAGGGAGAGAGAGAGAGAGAGAGAGAGAGAGUUUGGACCCGCCCACUGCUCAUAAUACAGACUUGUUCACUCACUUUCCUUCCUCGCGCUGAGUCUGAGUCCUGGCCCCGGGGCUGAACGACGCACACACUCACACAUUCACUCACUCACUCACUCACACGUUCACUCACUCACACACUGAGCGGAGUCAUGGCAGCUACACACAGUGAGUACCGCGGUUACCUGCGGAACAGCAGCGUGGACAUGGAGGCCGGACCGCACCGCUUCCACCCGGUGCCGAGCUCGGAGUCGUGCACGUACCGGCCGCUGCUUUUCGGAACCCUCGCGGUUAUGGGAUUGCUGCAGGUGGCGUCCAGCGUGGCCAUUUUACUUCACCUGACAGGUUACCUGCAAGAGGUCGAUCUGUCCACGGCUCCUCAUCGACCCAUCGAGGAGGUUCAGACGGAGCCGGUCCUGAACGCUCUGAGAGACACGAGGAAAAACAGACGCUGCAAAAACCCCAAGGAGAGUUUGCCGUCGGCUCAUCUGCCAAUCAAAACGUACCAGGAGUAUUCAAAGAAGGGCGAGCAGGCCGUCACCAUCGACUGGGACGAGGAGCACGGCUACUGCCACAGGAUGCGCUACCAGAAGGGCAAGCUGCUGGUGAUGGAGCUGGGCUUCUACUACGUCUACGCCAAGACCUGCUUCCGCUACUACAAGCACGGGCCGGAGGACGGCAGCCCGGCGGUGGCGGGGGCGGCGGCGGCGGCGGCGGUGGACGUGCGGAACACGCAGCUGAUCCAGUACGUGUACCGCGAGAGCAUCAAGCAGAACAGCCGGGCCAUCAUGCUGAUGAAGACGGGCAGCACCGUGCGCCUCAACAGCACCAGCUACAACAUGUACUGCGCUCAGCAGGGGCGGGGCGUGCGGCUGGAGGAGGGCGACACGCUGUUCGUCAACGUGUCCAACGCGUGGAUGCUGGACCUGGAGGGGGAGGGGACUUAUUUUGGCGCCAUAAAGUUGGGCAACUGAUUUUUCAUGAUGGUGAGGAGCGGACGUGGAGCUACUGAUGCCAGAGAAACCACUGUUUGAUUUAUGUCAACCAAAAAGUCUCUUUGUGUUUGUACUUGUUUUUAUUUCUCGUCAGAGCGUCGACUCUCGCCGCUCCAAACACCCAAAAUACCACUGGACUUUUUAUUUUCUUUCUUUAAGACGUUUUUUAUGUUGUGUUUCAGUCGCGAGACGUUUGUGCGCUAACGAGACAAAAGCACGGGCAGCGACUGAGGAGCGCGGGGAGGAGAACCACAUCGAUCCGGGUUUUAUUGUUGGCGGAUUACUUAUUAGCAGCUUCUCCAGACUCUGACCCGGGCUCACGGCGGGUAAGGAGGCGUCGUCCGCCGCACAGCCGCUAACUCAACGCUAUAACGUUUUAAAACGAGCAAUUAGACGCUGAUUUACGAAGCCCCGGAAACCUCUUAGGCAGGGACAACUCUCUCUGACGCGGUUCUGGUUCUGGCCUUUGCACAUAAACGCGUGUUCCGUGUAACAGAUGCUCACUUGUUUGGUUGCAGUAUGUAGUUUCACCACUAGAUGGCACCAAAUCCUCCCGCACUGGUCCUUAAAAUAUCGUCUUUUUUUAGUCUAGAGUUUGUCAAAGUUUUUUCCUCAUCUUCAAACAACAAACUCUGGUUUUGUUCGUGAUUAAUCGCGAGGUAAUCGCUCCAUCUCUGAAAGGCUCCGCCCCUUUACUCUCCUUUACCCUCAGGUUUCUACAGAUGCUGGACUUGUGAGUUUUCCACUGAAGAGACAUGGACAUGUGGAGUAGUUGCAGUAAAAACAGCCAAUAGGAGGCGCCCUCGGUCUCCUCUGUCCUGUGAUUGUGAUUUCCUCAAAGGCUCUGGAGGUAGCACAGAAGUCUAGAUCUGGUUCCAGACAUGAACUCUGGACAGUGUCUGGAGAAUCGGGUUUGGAUGUUCGUCCGAGUUUCAGGAGAAUGUUGGAAAACAAAACGCUCGCUGUGGAUUAUCCAGAGAUCUGGCAGGAGAAGAUCUGGAGAAGUUCUGGAGAACGUCCAGAGCGACUUCUGUGGACGUUUGUGUUCCCGCGUACUGCUUUGGCUUUCCGUGUCCAUGAAGAACGACGGCACACGUCCUCAUGCCAGCAGGUGAGUUCAGAUUCAUCGCAAGAUCUUCUGGAACAUCAGGUUCCAGAAGUUCAGCCCUUUUUGGUUUGAUGGUUCUCGAGCGAGUUCCCAUGGUUACCGUCUUCUUGUUUGACAAAAACAAGGGUGUGCCACCAAGUGGACUGAAAGGUCCUCGUAACGUCCGUGUAGAAAAGGGCUGAUGACGAAGACUUGACCCUAGUGGACCUCAGUGGACACUCGGAUGCCGAACCUGUGACGCUGCCUGUAGACGAUUUUAUCUGCGUUAUUUUCAAAGGUUAUUGUGGAAUUAUUGAUCAUUGACGACCCAAAAAUCCGAGCCUAUUAAACCUCUGUGGACGCGUGUGACCCGAGACCUCGACGUAGACAAAGUUUAUUAUGGAAUUAUUGAGUAAUAACGGCAGAAAUGGCGUCUUCUGUAAAUGUCGUGAAAUCACGUCACGACUUUUUGUAAACGGCGUCGUGUCGGAUGUGCAAAGGCCUUUAAAAAGAAAACUGUGUCGCG